AACCUCCCCCAAUCUCCAGAACGUCAUUGCUCCGCCAUGCUUAACGGUUGCAGCAUCAGAGCUCUCUGGGUCCUCAACAACAGCCUCGACACCGUCGUCUUCUCCAGGAGGUUUCCGGUGGUGGAGAGGCGGUGGCGUGCUGCUUGGUUGAGCGAAAACGACACUUCCAUUGAAGAUCCUGUUGAGGACACUGUUCUAUCUUCGCUCCCUACUGAUUCAGAGUUAGCCUCCGCUUUUUCUGAGAGAAGAAGAAGGGAGGGAUCUCUGCGUGGGUUUGGUAUACGAGUAACUCAGUCAACAAAAGGAUCAGAUUCCUGGGUUGAUGAUCCAAUUACGCGGCAUGUUAUAGGCAUUUACAUAAACAAAGUGGAGGAAGGAGAAGGAGAAGGAGAGAAUCAUCUGCUAUGGCCUUUAGUCUUGCACAUAAAGGGUCUUUAUAGCAUCCUUGUGUUGCCUUUAGUUGAGCCGAAGCAUGUAAAGGCCUAUGGAAGAUUGUGUAAAAGAUCGGAUUGUGGAAAUGCCAUCAGAAAAGAAGAAAGUUUAUCUUCCCUCCUUCUUGACCUUCCAUCCAUCACAGGGGCUUGUAUGGUAGCAUAUGCUAUUGGUGAUAUAGUUACUGGUGAUGUGAUAGAACCUGAGGUAGUUGUAAGUGCAUCACCAUCGGUAGGUGGGUUGCUUGAUUCACUAACAGGCAGUAUUGGAAUAUCGGGUAUCUCUUCAAGAGGAAAACCUGUAGCCUCACCUGUUCCACCUUCAGCUCCUUCUAGCACUGCUGCAACAGGGGCUGUUGCCUCAGAUGCUCCAAAAGUUGGUUCAAGGCCUUUGGAUAAAGAUGCACUUCAGAGUUUCAUAGGUUCUGCAUUGCCCUUUGGCACACCCUUGGACUUGAACCAUUCCAAUAUUUCUUCUAUCAGGGUUAUUGGCUUUUCUUCAUCAGAUCUGCCUCCUCAAGAUAUUAAACAACCAGCAUGGAAGCCAUAUCUCUACAAGGGAAAGCAGAGACUGCUAUUUACAAUCCAUGAAACUGUUUAUGCUGCAAUGUAUGAUCGAGAUGAGAUUCCAGAUAGUUUAUCAGUCUCAGGACAAAUAAACUGUCGAGCAGAAUUAGAAGGACUCCCAGAUGUAUCAUUCCCAUUGACUGGGUUGAACAUGGCUCAGAUUGAGGUUUUAUCUUUCCAUCCCUGUGCCCAGGUUCCAGAACAAGGGAUGGAAAAGCAAGCACUUAUGUUCCAACCACCUUUAGGUAAUUUUGUUUUGAUGCAUUAUCAAGCAACCUGUAGCCUUGGACCUCCCAUAAAAGGGUUCUAUCAAUUGUCGAUGGUUUCUGAAGAUGAAGGUGCAUUUUUGUUCAAGUUGUGCCUGAUGGAAGGUUACAAGGCACCUCUGACAAUGGAGUUCUGUAAUGUUACCAUGCCAUUUCCAAGGAGAAAGGUUGUGUCUUUCAAUGGGACUCCAUCAAUUGGAACUGUUUCAACUACAGAGCACUCUGUUGAAUGGAAAAUUAUAACAAGUGGACGAGGCCUCUCUGGGAAAAGUAUUGAGGCCACUUUCCCUGGAACUGUUAGAUUUGCACCAUGGCAAAUCCAAAGAAUGAGUUCAUCCAUAUCAUCAUUUGGAAGCACACUAGAUGAAGAUAGUGAUAAUGAGACUGACAGUAGUAACAAUAUGAUUAACGUGGAGGACUUUUUAAUGGAUAAAAUGAACAAGGAUCUUCCUCCAGUUGAUCUAGAGGAGCCUUUCUGCUGGCAUGCAUACAAUUAUGCUAAAGUGUCUUUCAAAAUUGUUGGGGCAUCAAUAUCUGGAAUGUCCAUUGAUCCCAAACUGGUAACCAUCUAUCCAGCUGUGAAAGCACCUGUGGAGUUAUCGGCUCAGGUUAUUUCUGGGGAUUAUAUUUUGUGGAAUACAUUGGGAAAGUGCCCAUCAGCUGCCACUGCAAAAGCUUAGGCUAUACAACCCGCAACUUGUAGCAAUAUAAUUUGUUGAGAAGUUUGAUGAAAAUGACACCCUUGCCUUCUAUUCAACAGCAUAUGCACACUGGGUCAGGAACAAGUCUCUUAUCUAUUCAGACAGCCAAUUCUGGACAUGCUCCAAGAACAGUCAGUUCUAUUUCUUUUUCACUCUUCCAUAUAUUAAUGCUAGAAUUUGAUAUUUGAAAGAAAGUCAAUGUUCUGAUUUCAUGUUUUGGCGCUUCUAACGAUAUCGUUAUGUUAGAACUCUGUUACACACAAACUGAAAAUCUUAUUAACUGAGUUUGUUGAACUGAAUUUGCCUUGAAAAUAUAAUAUUUGCUGUAUU